AUGCGUUUCAUUCCCGUUUUCGCAACUGCUCUGCUCGCCGCCAGUAAUGUGGUGGGAGCCUCACCCGCAGCCGCAGCUUCAGCUUCAACUGUAGCUGCCGCGAACAAUGUAGAGGCUGAAACUGCCUCUGCAAACACUGCUCAGCAGAAUGCUGCUCAACAGAAUGCUGCCCAGGCUGCUGCUACAACUCAGGCCGCUGCUACUGCCAAAAUGAACAGCGAGGAGCAGGAUACUGCUGCUGCUGCCAAUGAUGCAUCCGCCAAUACUGCUAACGCCGCCGCGGCAAAUGCCAAUACUGUAACUGUGAACACUGCUGCCGCGGCAAACACCGCUGCGGCGAAUACGGCGAACACAGCCAACGCCAACGCCAACGCCAACACGGCAGGCGCAUCUACUGCCGGCUCCGAUGGGCUCCUCGGUGGUAUCCUCGGUGGUGGUUCCUCCAGCACUGCUGAUGCUGCUGCCUCGACCGCUUCCGCUGCUGACACCUCGAGCUCUGCACAGGCCACCGCUGCCUCUACCGGCAGCAGCACCAAGUCUACCGAGUCGACUAGCACCGACUCUGGUCUGUCUGACAUUGAGUCGACUCUUAGCAACCUCCUUGGAGGCUCUGGAUCCGGUCUCAAGGGCCUCGAGUCAAUUGGAAGUGAUCUCGAGAACCUGCUCAAGGGUCUCGCUGGUCUGCUGAACCCCAACCUGCUCAGUGAGAUUGAGAACACCUUCAAGUAUCUAUCCACUGGCUUGGCUCCUCCGGUCGAUACCAACAUCCGUGUCCUGCUCAAUGACGCCAACACUGCUUCCAUUGGCAACUUGUUGAGCAAUGCCAACAAGCUGCUGAGCGAUAAGAACACUGCCACCUUGACCAACAUCCUUUCCAAGGCUGAUAGUUUCCUGUCUGACAAGAACCUCAACGGCAUCGAGUCCCUGCUCAACAACAUCGACAAGGUUAACGAUCUGGUUGUGAAGGCCGAUGGUCUGCUUUCCACCAAGAACGUCGACAACAUCGAGACUCUCGUCGACAACGGUGCUAACCUUCUGACUCCCGACUUCGUCAAGAAGACAUCUUCUUUGAUCGACUCUGCCGGCGAGCUGUUGACAGCAAGCACCACCAACGCGCUCAAGGAGAUCCUCAAUGCUGUUGUUCCCCUCCUUCCCGAGCUCAAGUCUUUCCUUACCAAGGACACUUUCGACGAGCUUUCGGGUCUGCUCAAGAACGGCAACGCUCUCCUCACGCCCUCGUUCGUGUCGAAGACUCAGUCUCUGAUCGAUGCUGCUGGAUCUCUAUUGACCAAGUCGACCGUGAACGCUCUGGAGACCCUGUUGAACUCAAUUGUUCCUCUGAUCCCCGACCUGAAGUCUUUGCUGACCAAGGCUACCAUCGACGACAUCAAGACUCUCCUCACGAAUGCCAACAACUUGCUUUCGACUUCGACUGUCAACGCGCUCAAGACUCUUCUCGAUGCUCUUGUUCCUUUGAUGCCCGAGCUCAAGGGCUUCUUGACCAAGGAGACCUUCACAGAGCUCUCUGGCCUGCUCAAGAACGGCAACGCUCUCCUCACGCCCUCGUUCGUGACGAAGACCCAGUCUCUGAUCGAUGCUGCUGGAUCUCUGUUGACCAAGUCGACCGUGAACGCUCUGGAGACCCUGCUGAACUCAAUCGUUCCUCUGAUCCCCGACCUGAAGUCUUUGCUGACCAAGGCUACCAUCGCCGACAUCAAGACUCUCCUCACAAAUGCCAACUCUCUGUUGUCUACCUCGACUGUCAACGCGCUCAAGACUCUUCUCGAUGCUCUUGUGCCUUUGAUGCCCGAGCUCAAGGGCUUCUUGACCAAGGAGACCUUCACAGAGCUCUCUGGCCUGCUCAAGAACGGCAACUCUCUGCUUACUCCCUCGUUCGUGACGAAGACCCAGUCUCUGAUCGAUGCUGCUGGAUCUCUGUUGACCAAGUCGACCGUGAACGCUCUGGAGACCCUGCUGAACUCAAUCGUUCCUCUGAUCCCCGACCUGAAGUCUUUGCUGACCAAGGCUACCAUCGCCGACAUCAAGAUGCUUCUCACGAACGCCAACUCUCUGCUGUCUACCUCGACCGUGAACGCUCUCAAGGAGCUUCUGAACGCAAUCGUUCCUCUGAUGCCCGAGCUCAAGGGCUUCUUGACCAAGGAGACCUUCACAGAGCUGUCUGGCCUGCUGUCUCACGGCAAUGACUUGCUCACUGACUCCUUCGUCAGCGAGACCAAGGGUCUUAUUUCUGGCGCAUCGUCUCUGCUCACCACGUCGACUGUUGACAGCCUCAAGAAGCUGCUCACGGCUCUCACUCCUCUGAUGCCCGAGCUUACCGCUUUCUUGAAGCCCGCGACCUUCGACGAGCUCGAGACCCUCCUGUCAUCUGGCUCUAUGCUGUUGACACCCGAGUUCGCCAACCAGACCAAGAGCCUCGUCAACAACGCAGACGAACUCCUAACCCCCGAUCUCGUCAAGGGCCUCAAGACCAUCUUGAACCAGGUAUCCCCUCUGCUUCCCGAGAUCAAGAAACUGCUCACCCCUGCCACCAUCGACGGCAUCGGCUCUCUCCUCUCGAACGCGAACGACCUGCUCACCCCCCAAUUCGUCAACGAGACCCGGGCCCUCAUCGACGGUGCCGGCGACCUCCUUACACCUUACGUCAUCGGUGGUCUUGCGGAGCUUCUCACCGGCCUCGUCCCCGUCGUUCCCGACAUCAAGAGCGAGUUCCUCAACACCACGACUCUUCACAACUUGGGUUACCUCUUGGGCAACGGAACAGACCUCCUCACAACCAAGUUCGUCGAAGAGACAAGCGACCUCAUCGAUGGCGCCGGCGAGCUCCUUACACCUUACGUCAUCGGUGGUCUUAAGGAGCUUCUCACCGGCCUCGUCCCCGUCAUCCCCGACAUCAAGAGCGAGUUCCUCAACACCACGACUCUUCACAACUUGGGUUACCUCUUGGGCAACGGAACAACUCUCCUCACACCCAAGUUCGUCGAAGAGACAAGCAGCCUCGUCGACGAGGCCGGCUCUCUCCUCGACGAGAAGACAGUCAGCUACCUCAAGAAGAUUCUUACCAACGUCGACAAGUCGAUGCCGCAGAUCGAGACUCUCUUGGAGCCAGAUUCGAUCACGGGUAUCGUUUCGUUGUUGCACAAUGCCGAGGAUCUUCUAUCGGCUAAGUUCGUUAAUCAGACACAGACUCUUAUUGGAGAUGUCGCGGGCUUCUUGCCGCUGAUUGAUGGUCUACUUAAGUCCUUGUAA